AGUUGUUUGUAUUUUUGGGGUCUCAGCGUCUCGUAAGUUGAUAUCAAUUCCGGCAAUUCUGUCGGAUUUCUUUCCUGCUUGAAAUAUUUAAGCAGUUUCUAUUGCUUUACCAUCCCUCUCAGGGAAAAACACUGUGCGCCUGCUGCUUCUUAGUGGCCUUGCCGUUCGCCGGACGUCUGUUGCCAAGCGGACGCUACCCGUUUUGGCCGGUGGUUUGCCUUCUCUUUUGGCCGUUUCGUAACUUGCCGCUUAGGCUUGUAUCUACACGGCUGACAAGCCGGCUUAUUUCUUCCUGGACUAGACGUGACCGAUUCACGGUUGCUUUUUUUAUCGUUGCCUUUACGGUGCCCUUCCUCGCUUGUAUAUACAGACUUCCUCAACUCUUUCAUCUGCUGCAACGUACUUUUUUUGGCUAAAUCACCUUCUAUUAUAGUGUCUCUAUCGCCAAAAUGCAGAUCUUUGUGAAGACUCUUACCGGGAAGACCAUCACGCUUGAUGUUGAGCCGUCAGACACCAUCGAGAACGUGAAGGCAAAGAUCCAGGACAAGGAAGGUAUUCCCCCUGAUCAGCAGCGUCUGAUUUUUGCUGGCAAGCAGUUGGAGGACGGCCGAACUCUGUCCGACUACAACAUUCAGAAGGAGUCGACUCUCCACUUGGUUUUGCGUCUUCGCGGAGGAAUGCAGAUCUUUGUGAAGACUCUUACCGGGAAGACCAUCACGCUUGAUGUUGAGCCGUCAGACACCAUCGAGAACGUGAAGGCAAAGAUCCAGGACAAGGAAGGUAUUCCCCCUGAUCAGCAGCGUCUGAUUUUUGCUGGCAAGCAGUUGGAGGACGGCCGAACUCUGUCCGACUACAACAUUCAGAAGGAGUCGACUCUCCACUUGGUUCUGCGUCUUCGCGGAGGAAUGCAGAUCUUUGUGAAGACUCUUACCGGGAAGACCAUCACGCUUGAUGUUGAGCCGUCAGACACCAUCGAGAACGUGAAGGCAAAGAUCCAGGACAAGGAAGGUAUUCCCCCUGAUCAGCAGCGUCUGAUUUUUGCUGGCAAGCAGUUGGAGGACGGCCGAACUCUGUCCGACUACAACAUUCAGAAGGAGUCGACUCUCCACUUGGUUUUGCGUCUUCGCGGAGGAAUGCAGAUCUUUGUGAAGACUCUUACCGGGAAGACCAUCACGCUUGAUGUUGAGCCGUCAGACACCAUCGAGAACGUGAAGGCAAAGAUCCAGGACAAGGAAGGUAUUCCCCCUGAUCAGCAGCGUCUGAUUUUUGCUGGCAAGCAGUUGGAGGACGGCCGAACUCUGUCCGACUACAACAUUCAGAAGGAGUCGACUCUCCACUUGGUUUUGCGUCUUCGCGGAGGAAUGCAGAUCUUUGUGAAGACUCUUACCGGGAAGACCAUCACGCUUGAUGUUGAGCCGUCAGACACCAUCGAGAACGUGAAGGCAAAGAUCCAGGACAAGGAAGGUAUUCCCCCUGAUCAGCAGCGUCUGAUUUUUGCUGGCAAGCAGUUGGAGGACGGCCGAACUCUGUCCGACUACAACAUUCAGAAGGAGUCGACUCUCCACUUGGUUUUGCGUCUUCGCGGAGGAAUGCAGAUCUUUGUGAAGACUCUUACCGGGAAGACCAUCACGCUUGAUGUUGAGCCGUCAGACACCAUCGAGAACGUGAAGGCAAAGAUCCAGGACAAGGAAGGUAUUCCCCCUGAUCAGCAGCGUCUGAUUUUUGCUGGCAAGCAGUUGGAGGACGGCCGAACUCUGUCCGACUACAACAUUCAGAAGGAGUCGACUCUCCACUUGGUUUUGCGUCUUCGCGGAGGAAUGCAGAUCUUUGUGAAGACUCUUACCGGGAAGACCAUCACGCUUGAUGUUGAGCCGUCAGACACCAUCGAGAACGUGAAGGCAAAGAUCCAGGACAAGGAAGGUAUUCCCCCUGAUCAGCAGCGUCUGAUUUUUGCUGGCAAGCAGUUGGAGGACGGCCGAACUCUGUCCGACUACAACAUUCAGAAGGAGUCGACUCUCCACUUGGUUCUGCGUCUUCGCGGAGGAAUGCAGAUCUUUGUGAAGACUCUUACCGGGAAGACCAUCACGCUUGAUGUUGAGCCGUCAGACACCAUCGAGAACGUGAAGGCAAAGAUCCAGGACAAGGAAGGUAUUCCCCCUGAUCAGCAGCGUCUGAUUUUUGCUGGCAAGCAGUUGGAGGACGGCCGAACUCUGUCCGACUACAACAUUCAGAAGGAGUCGACUCUCCACUUGGUUUUGCGUCUUCGUGGUGGUGGUUCUAGAUAGUUCUCGUCUUUUCUGAAGCUGCAUUGUAACGAGAUUUGGUCGUUUCGAGAGGUAACGAUGGUUGGUUCGCGGGUUGCCACUUGUGUACAACAACUUUGAGGGAACAGAGAUUCUUUUUUGGCUGUUCGCAAGAGUGCGAUUGACGUCCCGCCUGCAUGGUCUUCUGUAGUCAUCGCGACUCGAAAGAUUCAGGUUUUUCGCCAGAGAUAGGGGGAAAGUAUUUGACCCC